AUGGAUCCUGGUCAAAGAAACACUGAGAAUCUGUCCAACCCAUUUGAAGGAGCCUCAACCUCCUUUGGAUCCAUUGGACUGGCGUUUUACAACGGGCUCUGGGCCUACGAUGGGUGGAAUCAGCUGAACUUUAUAACAGAGGAGCUGGAAAACCCAUAUAGAAACCUUCCCCUGGCCAUUAUCAUUGGUAUUCCCUUGGUGUCUGUGUGCUAUGUGCUGGUCAACAUUGCCUACUUCAGCGCCAUGACCGCUACGGAACUACUACAGUCUCCCGCUGUUGCUGUGACUUUUGGUGACAGAGUGCUGUACCCCCUGUCGUGGGUAGUCCCUGUGUUUGUCGUCUUCUCCACCUUCGGAGCGGCCAAUGGGAGCUGCUUCACAGCCGGCAGGUUGACCUAUGUGGCAGGAAGAGAGGGUCACAUGGUAAAGAUCUUGUCCUAUAUCAGUCUGAAGCGUUACACUCCUUCCCCUGCCCUCAUCUUCAAUGGUAUUCUGGCCGUAUUCUACAUUAUCCCAGCAGACAUCAACACCCUGAUCAACUACUUCAGUUUCGCCCAGUGGGCUUUCUACGGCCUCACAGCUCUCGCUCUCAUCGUCAUGCGCUUCACCAGGAAGGAACUCAAGAGGCCCGUCAAGUGUCCCAUUCCCAUAGCAGUGCUGGUGGUGAUAGUGUCCUGCUACCUGGUCCUAGCACCGAUCAUAGACAAGCCAGAGCUGGAGUAUCUGUACUGUACCAUCUUCAUCCUCAGCGGUCUGCUGCUCUACUUCCCCUUCGUUCACCGCAGGUUCAGCUGGACACGCAGGGUCAUGAGGCCAAUCACCAUGCACCUCCAGCUGCUGAUGGAGGUCGUUCCUCCUGAGAAAAACGAAUAGAGGAAGAUAAUAAACAGCCUAAACUGACUGAUGUGGACAAAUGUAUUUGUGCAUCCCAAAUGUUACCCUUUUCCCUAUGUGGUGCACUACCCCAUAGGCCCUAGUCAAAGGUAGUGCACUACUUAGGGAAUAGGGUGCCAAUUGAGACACAAAUUUAGAAAUGAAGGUUCUGUACUGUCUCAUAAUGAAGGUUCUGUCCUGUCUCAUAAUGAACCUUCUGUACUGUCUCAUAAUGAACCUUCUGUACUGUCUCAUAAUGAAGGUUCUGUACUGUCUCAUAAUGAAGGUUCUGUACUGUGUCAUAAUGAAUGUUCUGUACUGUCUCAUAAUGAACCUUCUGUACUGUCUCAUAAUGAAUGUUCUGUCCUGUCUCAUAAUGAAUGUUCUGUACUGUCUCAUAAUGAAUGUUCUGUACUGUCUCAUAAUGAAUGUUCUGUCCUGUCUCAUAAUGAAUGUUCUGUACUGUGUCAUAAUGAAUGUUCUGUACUGUCUCAUAAUGAAUGUUCUGUCCUGUCUCAUAAUGAAUGUUCUGUACUGUGUCAUAAUGAAUGUUCUGUACUGUGUCAUAAUGAACUAAUUGACUAGAUAUAGGAGGUCAAUGGCUGCAUCUCAACUCACACACUAUGGUCCCAUUGGUCUGUGUCUCAAAUCACACCCUAUGCCCUAGGGAACGGGGCACCAUCUCAAAUCACACCCUAUGCCCUAGGGAACGGGGCGCCAUUGGAUGCUUCUCAAAUCACACCCUAUACCCUAGGGAACGGGGCGCCAUCUCAAAUCACACCCUAUGCCCUAGGGAACGGGGCGCCAUCUCAAAUCACACCCUAUACCCUAGGGAACGGGGCGCCAUUGGGCUGUGUCUCAAAUCACACCCUAUGCCCUAGGGAACGGGGCGCCAUCUCAAAUCACACCCUAUGCCCUAGGGAACGGGACGCCAUCUCAAAUCACACCCUAUGCCCUAGGGAACGGGGCGCCAUUGGAGACGCUGGCAUUAUGCUGUUCUUGUACAUGACUAGAGAGAGAGAACAUAAGAGACCAAAAUUAUGUCAUAUUUUUUUGCUUUUUAUUUGUCCUCGACAUGGUUAAAAUGUUUGCGCUGUUCAAGCACUUGUAUAUAAUCUAUGUCUAAGGUUUCAAUUGUAUUUGACAAGUUAAAAGACAUAUUUGUCCCUUGUUGUCUUCUAUCUCGUCCACCAGCUGAACCUGGGGACACGGUUCAUCUUAUACUGCCUACUGUGUGAUGUAUUCCUGUCACUCUAAACUGAAUGUAGAUUUUAUACUACUGAAUUCAACAGUUUCAAAACCUCUUCUCCUCUCUGAGUUGAAAAGUAGAUAGGAAGUUGUUGUGUUUGUGAAUAAAACAGUUUACCCUUCAA